CACUGGACUUCAUGUAACUUUAAGUUUAGGUUCAAAAUUGUAUCUAUUCAUUUGCAUUCUCACUGAGAUAAAAUAGCUAUUAAAAUCACAUGCAACCUGUUGCUCCCUGAACUUCAAACUUACAUAAAACCUUGUAAAUGAGUUGGUUUAUUUCUAGAUAUUGAGAGAAAGGAAAUAAGUUCAAUUAGUUUUGUUUCCCUUAUUCUCUAAAUCAUGCCUGCUCAAAGUAAUGUUGAUUAUUGAAUUAUUUGUGGUGCAACAUUAACCCUCAUAAUAUGUCAUGGAAAAUAGUACAGUAGAGUAAAUUCUGAUAAGCAAUUAUAGAUUAUACAUUCUGAAUGUAAAUUACAUCUUACUAGACAUGGAAUUAUUUGAGCAUAGCCACAGACAGCAUUUGUUUCCAAAAGUGAUGUUCAGAAGUAGUAUGGAGGUUUUCUUACAAGUCCCUUAGAUUUUACCUCAGAGCAUUUAUGUGGGUGUGUGUGAAAUAUUUCCACUUGCUUUCCUGCUCAAACUCUUUGGCAUAUCAGUUGCUCUUUCUGUUGGUCCUCUCUGUAACUGUCUUAAUUCGAGCCAGAUUUUUUUUCUUUAUUCUUGUAUCUCCACACGGCAGGAUUCUGUCAGCCUGCACCCCACCCUCUACCCAGCACUUCCCUUCCCUGCCCACCCUUGCUUCAGUUUCAUCCAUGGGGAGGUUUUUAUUAAAAGUGCAGGGGCUUCUUCCUGGAAAACUAUUUAAUUGCUAGUGCUUCAACAACCCAGCAUAUAGAUCCACUGAUUGCAGCACUCUUGUCAGGUUAUCUUAUGAGAUAAAUAAUUUGUUAAAUCCAGACUUUCUUUUUCCCUCACCUCCCUCUCUGAUUAUAGAACUUAUUUAUAGCUCCUGUGGGUUAAGCUGGAAAAAGUGAUUGCUGCCAAUCACACGCAUGUUCUUACAUUACAUUUUAGUCCUUUUUGCUUUUUGAUCUCUCAGUUAUUAUUUGUUUGUAAUUUCUCACUGUUUCGUUGCCUGAAAGUCAAAGUCCAUGCACCUAAGUUGUGAAACAUCAGCCUUUCCUGAAAGGAUUAAGGGUUGAGGUGAACUAGGUAGGAUUUGGUCCUUCUAGCUGCAAAGAGUCUAAUGUAUAAUGGACAGUGUUUGCUGGGUGAAAAAUAUCCCUUUUGAUAGUACUUUAGUAAAAGGUUGUCACAUUAUAAGUGUAUUCUCAGUCUGGACAGCCAGUUUACAGCUUUAUUUUGCAGAUCACUUGAGCGUUGCUGUUUUAACUCUAAAGGGUAGAUCAGGCCUUGUUUUGUUUAAUAGCUUCUACAUCUAGCUUAAUAGAAAGAAAUAUAGAAAUAGAAAUAUGAUAAAAUACAUCUUUGAUUUGUCAGGAUUGUUCAGUAUUCUUGUACAAUAAAUUAUUAUUCUGUGUCACUUAGAAACAUCAGCUGAGGUGGGAAUCCAAUUUGGCUGAAAAGUGGUAAAGAAGUAGUUUGUAUCCUGAACAGAUUGUAUUCUAAACAAAGAGAGGUCUUAAAAUUACUUCCAUUUGUUCCAGUGGCAGUGGUUGCAAUCUGUUGAGCGAAUCUACAUCUUGUAUAUAUGAAAAGAGGACUGAUGCAUUUGUAUUUAUGUACAUUGACAGCUGUCUGAAUUGAAUAUUCAACUGUAGGUUUUGUACCUUGCUGCUGCUCUGCGUUUUUUUAUGAGUAUGUGUUUGCAUAUUUACAAAAUGCACUCCUUCUGCUUUGUAAAUUGGCCCUUUGUGCUUGGAAGAAGCCUUUAUCUGUGAAGAAUUACUUUUUGUUCUUCAGUUACUUUUUAGUGACAAUGAGAAGUUACUAAAACAGUGGUAUUGUCUUGUUACUGCCAAAACUGCUUGGAAGUUGGUUACUUUUUUGGUUGGAGCUCCCCUGACUAGGUACCUACUGCUGUUAUGAGAUCUUCUGUACCCUUACAUAAAAUAGCCAUGGUGCCUUGUGCCUACUUUGGGUUCCUGCUGCAGCUGUCAGGAUUUAUUACUGCUGCUGGUGUGGGGAUGUUGGCAAUACGUAAUGCACACUUCAGAACUUUUCUAUCUGGAACUGCCUGGCAGCUAACUGCGAAGCAAGCAAUUUGACAAAUAAGGACUUUUGUUUGAGUGCGGUCAUUAGGAACAUAGAAGCAGAGAUUCAGCAGGUAGGCAGGCUUGUGCUUAUCUAUCCGUGGUCUUCUGGCUUAGGAUGGAUUUGACAUUGUCACAACAUAAUCAUCUGCAUAAUGAACAGAGAAGAAAAUUAGAAAGACAAGCAGGGGAAAAAGAAGAAGAACAAAUAGUUACUGAAAUAAUGAGAAGACGUUUUUUUCCUGAUGUUAUAACUUAUAAGGCUUGGGAAGGCUUUCACUUUGCUGGCCAUGAGAUAAGGAUUACAGAAGCCACUGAUCAUUAUGGGGCAGUUGUCUGGCCAUCGGCUCUCGUUUUGUGUUAUUUUUUGGAAACCAAUUCUAAACAGUACAAUUUGGUCGACAAAAAUGUGAUUGAAAUUGGAGCUGGAACUGGAUUGGUCUCUAUAGUAGCCAGUUUACUGGGUGCACUUGUGACUGCCACUGAUUUGCCAGAACUGCUGGGAAACCUUCAGCACAAUGUUCUCCAAAAUACAAAACUGAAAUGCAAGCACCAGCCCUGUGUCAAGGAGUUGUCCUGGGGAAUUGAUCUGGAAAAAAACUUUCCUAGAGCUUCAUGUCACUUUGACUACAUUAUGGCUGCUGAUGUAGUUUACCACCAUCCCUUCCUCGAUGAGCUCCUACUAACUUUCGACCACUUGUGCAAGAAUGAUACUGUCAUUAUGUGGGCUAUGAAGUUUAGGCUGGACAAUGAGAACCAAUUUGUGGACAGAUUUCAGACACUCUUUGAUUUAGAGGUGAUUUCUAAUUUCCCUAGUUUGAACAUAACUCUGUAUAAGGCAAUGAGGAAAGGCAGGAUGAAAGUCAGACCUUCCAAAUAGUCUGUCUGAAAAAGAGAUAUAUGGGGGUGAUUAUCUCAGAUGCUUUGUAGCUAGUUCUCUUUUUAAUAAUUUCUGCAUAAGUAGUUGCCUGCAUCUGUACAAAUGACAUUUCUGAAGCAAGUUAGAACAAAACAUUGGUUUUCCAGUGCAUCCCUACAGAAUUCCUGAAUUCAAUUUGCUGAAAGUUUUAUAAGUAGAAGAAAGGUAUUUCUGAUGUUUUCUUGACUUUUAUGUGCUAAAUUGACAAAACUAAUAAUUUUCACAAUUUUCAAUAUUAUUUUCAUGGGAUGUGCAAUGAAUAUUUCCACUGACUUUCAAAUGCAGUUUUAAACAGUGUCUGAUGAGAUUAACCAAUCUUUCAAAGAUUUACUACAGUCUUACGUUUUGUAUUUAACAGUUGUGAUGUUAAAUCUGUCUUUCUUCAUUCCCACCAUAGUGUUCAAAUCCUUCCUUCAGAUGGCCUUUAGAUGACUUUAACUGAAAGAAAAAAUGGGAGAUAUAGUAUCAUAGUGAAGGGAGAGAGACUAUUAGUUACUCCUUGAUUUAAUGAUUAUGCUUUCAUAGUAUCAUAGAAUGGUUUGGGUUGGGGAGGACCUUAAUGGUCAUCUAGUUCCAACACCCCUGCUAUAGUAGGGACACCUCCCUCCAGACCAUGUUGCUCAAAGCCCCAUCCAGUCUGGCCUUGAAUGUCUUCAGCAUGAGAACAUCCACACCCUCUCUGGGCGACCUUUUCCAGAGUUUCACCACCCUCACAGUACAGAAUUUCUUCCUAAUAUCUAGUCUAAAUCUACCCUCUUCCAGUUUAAAACCAUUUCUUUCCCUUCCACUUUUUAUUUAGAUUCAGGGAUUCUUGAGCAGACAGCUGCAUACGUGAGGCAACAGAGAGUUAAAUAUUUUGUUACUUGAACAAAGGUCUGGAAUAAGAAUAGUACAUCACAUCCGCAAGUCCCCAUUGCAAAGACCUUAAAUUUUUGGAUAUCUGCCCCUUCAUAAAUAGACUGGUAUGUGCACCUCAGGGAACAAUGGAAAAACAGCAGUGGCAUCAGGAUAAGUGUUCUGCAGUGUCAGCUGGUGGCGACUAGAGGUAGAAAAUGAAACCUGCUUGUCACAGUGUGGCUGAGACAUGGAAAGACCAGAGUUUUUGCAAGGGCAAAUGGAGCAUUUUUCUCCUAGCCUCUCCUAGCUAACAUGUGUUCCCAAUUUUAGUGAUCAGAUUAGUGUAUUUAAACACAGGAUUUUUUCCUUUGUUUCUACUCCCAGCAUAAAAUUUGGUUUUCUAAGAUAAAACUUUCUACUGUUAGACAUGAAGUGGUGCAGACAGGAGAGUCCAAGCUGCCAAGAUUUUCCAGUGGGAUUUGGGGACCCCAAAGAUGAAAGGAAGUAGUGGGAGGAUAGAUGAGUAUUUGGCAGGAGGGAUUUGGAUGUACAAGGAGGGUUGUGGAAAAAAUGUAGAUAUAGGGAGAAGGUGAGAUGAAAAAAGAGAAGAGGUUGCAACAGUGACACUAACUUCAAAAUGUUGGAUCCACUGACUGAAAGGGGACAUUCUCUGUAAUAACAAUUACUUGCAACCAUCCAAUCCACUGCAAUUGAAACUAAAAUCCUUUCAUCCCAAAGAGCAUCCCUGUUUACAAAUAUUUCACAGAUAAAUGGAUUGGCACUGGGUAAUGAGCAAGACGGCUCUGCUUGCACCAAAAUCCUCCAGUGAAAAUAUCCUGUGAACUACAAAGAAAAGCAGGCUAAGGACGAAAAGAGAGAGUCCAGCAAAGUAGUAAAGUGGGAUCACUUUUAAUACAAACGAGCCUUUCUAUUUUGUCUGACGCUGUCCCCCACUGAGCUCCUGCUGAAGUCAACAGGAGCUGUGUUUGUAGAGCAGAUUCAGAACUGGGCUCUUUAGUCCUAACAGCAUGGUAAUGUUUAGUGUAAUCUAACACUGCUCCCCUUUCUCACAAGUCGGUCUAAGCAACACUGUGUGAAGCUUCCUGGGAAAGCUCCAGAGCCUAGCUGCUCUAUUGUACGAAGGCCUUUUGUCCUCUGUUAUGAUAGGCAGGUUAUUAGCCAUGACCAAUGGGUGGUGGAGGUUAUAUGUGUAAUUUGCCUGUGGAGUUUAUUUCUGCUCACUGAGAACAGGUCUCUCAGAUGACUGUCAGAUAUUGCAGUUUCCUAAAGUCGGUUAUAGUUUUAGUAAUCACUUACUCUUUGGUCUAAAACUUCAAACAAAACUCAAGUCGUUAUGCAGUGCACCAUGUUGCGAAUGCACAUGGCAUUUGCAUCUGUAGUAAAAACUGUGGGUGAAAGAAUUCCACCUAUAUGAAUGCUAGAGAGACUGUGUAGGCUUACACGCUUUUACAGUUUAUUAUGGAAUGCUAUGGUAAUGAUAUUAAUUGAAGAUAUAAGCCAUGUACUGCAUAGAUUCGGUCAAUUCCUUGGUUUUCCAUACUCUCCUCUAUCAGUAACUUAUUGAACAACAAUACAAACAAUAUGCAUAAGUAACUUGACAGCAUUUUCUAGGUUUUCCACAAAUGUUUUACCAACUACACAACUUUCACAUGCUAAUAUUUAUUAUUGCCAUUAUUAUUAUUAUUAUUACCUGUGUACAUAUAAAAAGAUCAAAGAAAUUUAUUUUGCUGUUAAUUAUAUAAUAUCUCCAUCAAAGUCUUUUAUAAGUCAUACUUCAUCAAAGUCUUUUAUAAGUCAUACUUUUUACUUCUAAAUAUUAAAGUAGCAAAAAUUUUCAUCAUUGUAUUUUUUCAACCAUGCUGAGUUUUUGUUUCUCGUUGAAUUGUGAUAUUGCAGCUCUGGGUGACUGGGUUGCAUUUUCAUUAUUAAAUUCACUGAUUUGUGCUUUUGCCUCUUAUAACAGCUGUAAGAAAAAGCUAUAGCCAUUGAAAAAUCAUUCAUGUGGCAGUACAGAUCGCCUGAGCAAAUCUCAUUUUCAUUUAGAAGUAGUAAGAGUGGCCCAGACUAUGAAAUACAACAGCUAGGGAAUAUCCAAAUAACUAUCCAUGGCAUAAAUGCCAGUUGAUUAAUUGCACAAUCACUUGUCAGUAUUAGGUGAGCAACAAAGACUCUAGCUGCCAUGGGUGUCUUUAAUGGUGAUUGAUAUUUAACAUCUAUUGACUGUGUUGAUAGAUGUGACAAUCACCUGAAAAAAUACUGCACUUUAUAAGCAAAGAACAGAGGAUCCUGAGAACAGGAUGGGUCCAGAAACCCACUGAACCCUUCAAAUUUUGGAGAACUGAAAGGUAUAAGAUACUCUUCUGUUCAUAAUUCUGAUACUACACUGGUAACUAUGAGGUGACCUGAAAUAAAUUCAGUGAGAGGAAAAUAGUGGCUGUUGAGAUGUCAUUGCUCCAUUGAUGUACUUCAGAAAUCGAUAUGUUCAUGCUUAUAAUAGCUCUGUGACGUAAGGGAAAUAUGGUGACACAGUUGUGGAGCAAAGAGGAAACUGAGCUAAAUGUCGAGUGAUAGUCACAGUAUGAAGUACAGUUAAAAAGUUCUUUCACAGUAAAAACAAUAUUUCCUGUGCUUUUUUUUCUUGCUAGAAUUUGCUCACGUGGCGACAAUGGAGAAUUUAAACUAAAUUCAUUAUUUCCUAAAAAAAGACCCCAUGCAUCUCUGUAAAUAAAUAAGAAAAACAGGGAGUGUAAGCACUCAGAUUUCAUGUAGUUUUUCCAGCUAAACAUAUAAUACAUAGAAUACAGCAGUUACAGUGAAAUACUGGAAUCAUCCAGGUAGGAAGUCACCUCGUUGUUUGCAGACAUACGUACCUGGAAAUGUCUUCCAGGUGGGUUCAUUGCAGUCUUUCCAGGGACUGACAUGAAGCAGACUGGAUUGUAGUCUUCAGCUAAUGUUUUUAUCCCACUAUGUGCUUUCCUCACUCUUCUCUGAAUUUUCAAACCCCAUUCCAGGUUCACUAUCUCACACAGAGUUAGAAUAUAACCCCUCGUCCUCUCUUCCUGUCCUUUAAGAACUGUUAGCCAAAGCAUUGCAUUUAUGCUGUUUAUCUGGAAGAAAAGGCUCUAAAAUAUACUUGUAUGACCCUUUUUCUAUCUCAGGGGAAGAAUAUUAUUUGGAAAUUGAGAGACAAGCAAAUCAAGGCAUGAGAUCCCAGAGACUUUUUACUGCUACCCAGACAUAAGGUUUGGAUACUCUGAAAUCCUGAGCUCUCAUGUCCCAACAGGUCUGUAAUUACAGGACUUUUCUACAGAACAUUACUCACUGACUAUUACAGAUGAUUAAUCUCUACUGUCAGAUUAUUGCAUUAUUGGAUUAUCCAGAUUUUAUAUUAUCAAAUUGUUAUUAUUAGCCAUAGGUCAUCUGUCCUCUAUGCUAUUGACUCCACUCACAUUCCUUUCAGGCUUGAAGACAGUUCAUGAAAUCAGAAGAGGCUGUUGCUCUCAUGAUGCCUGUUAUUAUUACACCCCCGUGUGAGAGGCAAUGACUGCUUCUUUCAGCCUUGGCAGCAGAGUAAAAGUAUCAUUAGAUAUUGGCUGUGUUCCUGCUAGAAGUUCAUCAGAUUAUAGUAGCAUUAGAAGUGCAUGGACACUCAGGGUAACAAAAUGGAUUUUUUUGACAGUGGAUGAUACGAUUUUUAUUAGGAACACAUGGUUUCUCAUGAUUUAUUCUACUGGUCUAUCAAAAUAAAAAUGUUAGCAAUAUUCUCCAACUGGGGAACAAUUGUGAGCAAUCACAGAAGUUGCUCUUGAUGCCCUGAAAGUGAAAUCCCAAAAGGCUCAGCAGUCAUGCUGCUGUAAAAAGUAAGAAAAUCACACAUCUCCCUUCCAGUUUAUUGAACUUUAAACAGCACUGCUUUGAUUUACAAUGUGAGAACACAGAUAGAGGGAGAUGGUAAAUCUGAUUUAGAAGAUCAUGGCAAUUGUAAUCUGACAGAGCACUUUCUUGCCUAUUUCUACCUGAUGUGGAUGGCUUCAAAAUAUUUCAAAGUGCACACCUUCAGGACAGUCUGCUCCCUUCCAGACUGAAGUGCUUUAUCAAAGAAAGGAAACUUUUGGGAAGCGUUUUAAUCUGAAUUAAGAUGAAAAAUCUUCCAGGUUCACCCAAAUCAUUUGGAGUCUGGGUGAUGAUAGUGAAUGCCUGAGGAGCCCUGUACCCAGUGCUGUAGCACAGUUACCUGAAAAACUUCAUACACACUGAAUGGGGAAUCGUUUACUUUUGAAAUCUGGUUUUCCUUGCAGCAUAAUAGGUAAAUAAAUAAUUUCAAAGUACACUCAUUGUAACUGAGAUAUUCUAUAGAAGCUGUGUUUUGUACCGCAAAAUAGGUUUGUCAGAUGAUUCCUAGCUAAUUCUAGUUAGGAAAUUGCAAUGAGAUGGAAUCUGUUGAACAAAUUGUGCAAGAGACUGGAGAGAUAAGAAAUCACAUGGAAAUUAUUGCUAAGACAUGUAAAAUAACACAACAGUAUUCACUGCUUGUUUUCAGACUACUGCCCAGUUUUCAGUAAAUUCCCAAUAGUUAGUCUUUAUAACAGCCAUAAACAACUGAAUAAUACAGGCAGGAGAAAGAUCAUAUAAGAAAAACGCUCUGAUACAGGUUGUGAAGAGAAAUCUGCCUUUUAAAAAGUGUGUAAGAAUCCCCAUUUGUAAUUUCAAUGCUACUUGAAUGGAAAAGGUAUAGGCUAUCCACAGUGUCACUAUGAUUUAGUCAUGGAAAACAAAAAUAUCUUCUGUGUGUCUUUCAUCAUUGUUCUCACAUCAAUACCAAGAGCAGAAAUUCUGCUUCUACCAUUUCUCACAAAUGCGUUUGGUCCCCAAAUUUUAUUUCUUCCUCACAUGCUGUAACGGUUGUGGCAAAUAGGGUUGACAGAGUUUAGGAAAGGGGGAAUGAACAGGUCUGGGAUUCUUUGUCAUGCAUAUGGCAUUGUUCAUUUUCCUCCAUUUCAAAAUAGUUUGAUAUAAAAUGUAUGUGCACUUGAAGAGUGAUCUGGAGCCCCUUUUAUUUUAAUCCAUUCAAGGUCAAGCUUACUCUUGGGUCUGUGGGAUCACUGAUCCUGUGACUCCUGUAUUCCUGAACCUGGAGCAGUCCAACCUCAGAAAGAAAGUGGAGAUUGUUCCCACUAACUAGCUCCAGGAUGAGAAGAGAACUUGAACUUCCAUCCUUUAUCUUCUCGAGGAAGCACUGUAACCUCUAGACCAUUUUACCACAGGAGAUGCAGAUUCCUUAUGCAGAUAAGCAUCAUCACUUGAAGCCAUGGCUAUUCUAGAAAGAUACAGAUACCAACAACUCUGCUGUUAAAUCAAGUUUGAAACCUGAUUUACAUUUGGCAGCUAAUGCUCCUCAUAUCAGUACAGUUCUUUUUUUUUCUUAGCAUACAGACAAUUGUUUUGACUACUAAACUGUUUGUCAGUCUUUCACUGCAUAGCAUAUAGGCUUUGUAUGUUUGUCAACUGCUGAUUAACUAGUAUCACAUGCAGUGUUACAAGCUCCAUAAAUGCAGCCAACACCUUCAGUUCGCAUAUAUUCUCCUACUGUGAUAGUUAAGAAAUUUCUUAGCUGGGUACUUCAUGUCUUCCAAAGGAAAGUGUGAAGCUAACCACUCCUUUUUCAUGAAGAGAUUCACUGAAUUUUCACAUGAAGAAGGCUUGUGCUGCACAGAAAACUUCCACUCAGUGUCUGUAUCUCCAGUUAUUCUUAUUUUAUUCCAGCUGACCUGAUUCCUUGACCAUCUUUUUUCUUUAUGCUUCCUAAUGUUUGUCUUCCUCAAACUAUAAAGUUCCCACAGAAACUCAAACUGGUGUGUUGCCUGAGCAACAAGUAAUCUGAAUCAAAUCAAACACUUCAACAUAUCAUGAGCUGUGAAUAUUAUCUUCUCACCUCCUUCCUAACAACAGAAACCUCUAUGAUACAUUUUUUCAAAGUGCAAAUGUCUAUGUUUUUCUUUGCCUGAAAGUUAUUUAUCAUAGACAAGAGCUACAGUUGGUGUAGUAUCUCAGCGUUGCACAGCACUACUUAUUUGUGUCUCUUCUGAACCCCAAACCUUCUUCCUCACUGGCUUUUUACAGGGAUUCUUAUUCUGAGAGUUCUUUCCAACAAGAGGGCAAUGUGCCCCUUGUGCAAAAAACCUCAUGCAAUCUUGUCUCAGUAUUUGGACUUCAUGCCACUCUUCUGCUGUUCCUUGCUAUUUAGGCUGACAGAAGUAGAUGCCUCUUUCUCUUCAGCCAGAAAGUUGCUUCCAGACAGCUAAUGGUUUCUAAUUUCCUGUGAAGUAUAAUCUCCACAUAAAUGUGAUGAAACAUGGGGAGGUAAAAGAUGGGAGCAGGAUCAUCUUUUUGAAGGUUCAGGACCAAUUUGUGUCAACAGAGAUACACAACACCACCAUGCUGUGAGCUAUACAAACUGGGAUAAGAACUGCCAGUGAACAGCCCAGCAGAGAAGAACUUGGGAGUUUUGGUGGACAAAAAGCUGAACAUGAGACAGCAGCGUGCACUGGCAGUCACAGAGUUAUAGAAUCACAGAAUCCUUAGAGUUGGAGGGGACUUCUGAAGACCAUCUAGUCUAACUCCUCUGCAAUGAACAGGGAAAUCCACAGCUGGAACAGUUUGCCCAGGGCCUGAUCCAGCCUCACCUGAAAAUCUCCAGGGAUGGGGCACCCACCACAUCUCUGGGCAACCUGUUCCAGCACCUCACCUCCCUCAAUGUAGAAGAUUUUUCCUUAUAUAUAACCUAAAUCUACUCUCUUUAAGCUUGAAACUGUUGCCUGGAAGGCCAGCAGUGUCCUGGAAUGCAUCAAAAGAGGGAUUGCCAGCAGGGCGAGGGAGGUGACUGUCCCCCUCUACCCUACCCUUGUGAAGCCCCAUCUGGAGAACUGUGUUCCAAUCGUGUGACAUCCAAUACAGGAGGGAUGUGAAGCUGUUGGAGCAGGUCCAGAGUAGGGCCACGAAGGUGAUCAGAAGUCUGGAGCACCUCUCCUUUGAAGAAAGGUUGAGGGAUUUGGGCUUAUUGAUCUUGGAGAGAAGAAAGCUCUGAGGAGACUUCCUGGCAACCCGCCAGCAUUUGAAGAGAGUUUUUGAGCACCAACUUUUUACAUGGUCUGAUAGUAAUAGGAAGAGGGGGAAUGAUUUUAAACUAAAAGAAGGGAGAUUUAUUUUAGAUAUUAGGUGGAAAUUUUUUACACAAAGGGUGAUGAAGCAUUGGCACAAGCAGUGCAGAGAAGCUGUGGAUGCCCUGUCCCUGGAGGUCUUCAAGGCCAGUUUGGAUGGGGCCCUAGGCAGCCUGAUCUAAUGGUUUGCAAUCCUGACCACGGCAGCAUUUGGGACUGGAUGAUCUUUAAGGUCCCUUCCAACUCAAACCAUUCUAUGACUUCUUCCUGUCUGAAUGGUAAAGAGUGUCUCAAAUCAACAUGAGGCAAUUGGUAUAUCUUUGUGGAUAAUUUUAAAUUUGGAAGCAUCUUUUUGGAGUUGUUUGCCUUCAAAAGGGAGGGCUCAGGAAUGUUUAUUGGCUGAAGAAUUGGCCUGGGAAUAAAUGAAACCAGUUUGAUACAGAAGACUUGGAGAUGAUACUGCUCUAUCCUUUGAAAGCAAGAUGCAAGUUGGCAUUUCCCUUCUUCCUUUUACUUACUAACUUAGAUUUGCAAGGCUUGGAAGACGGGAACAAAGUAGUUCCUGUUGAGAUCCCAAAGUUGGAAGCUGUCACUCCAAAAGAGCUGGCUCGGCUACUUCAGACUAUAAUUGUGCUGUCAUCAUUAGUCAUUUUCAACUGAACAACACAAGCUAAGAUGACCCACCACUACUAAAGAUCAGCACCCAAUACCAAGACAUCACUGGAUCAGGAAAUGGUGAACCACUUUGCUUUGCAUGUAUUAGCUGCACCUUCUUAUAACUUGAAUUUUUCUUCUCCCUCGUUUAUAGUUUCAAGAUUUAUUUGAUAACUUUUGAUGUUUUUCAUCUUUGACAAGGAAAUAUGAAAUCUGUCUCACAAAACUCUAUGAGAUGUUGCUAGGGAGAUUUAUAGAUUAUAGUUAAAUAAACUUUGUCAGAUUAAAGGCUUACCUGCUAAAGAAAUGGCAACAUUAUGACUUCGUUAUUUCUUUCUUUUUUCUUAAUUCGAGAUAACAUAGUUAAUCUUCAGUUUUAAUCCAAGAGUACACGAAUCUGUAUCCAUUUCCAGACACACUUGUCACACGUGGACUGUGCUCAGGGACAGUUAUUGCAUUCCUACGUUUAGAAAAGUAAAAUCUCAUAUUGGCCUCUGGAGGUCACUGUAGCUCUACAAAAAGGAGAGAACCACUAAUUAACGACUGACUAGGAAAGCAUUUGGAGACAGAGUGUUCUGGAAUAGGUAUGUUUACGGUGUGAAAAUCGUGUGGUAAAAACAAUAAAAUCCUAUUGCAGAAUGUGACUUUUUUUUUUUCCCCCUUCCCAAAUUGUGCAUAUUUAGGGUUUAUUUUGAGCAAAUAGUGUAGGAGUCCACUUCCCACGUUCCUUUCCUACGUGCUAUGGAAAAUUCAAGUGCUUGGUGUGCAGGAGGUGGCUCUAUGCUAGAGCCCAUUUUCUCAUCUUUGCAUAAAGAAGGAAAUUUCCUAUCAAGGAGUAUUUGCAGUAUUUGUGGCUUCUCUGUUUCUCUUAGCUGACCACCUCUCUGGGAGAUCCUACAGCUGAGGAUGUAGGAAAAUAGAUUACUGUAUUAGGGGGAUUUUCUGAAAUUUUGCAUUUUUCCUUCUCUACAGUGAAGUGCACCAUCUGCCCUUCAGAAGACAAACGAUGUGCUCAGCUCACAGCUGAACACUCCCUAGGGCACCCACCCUCCUGGAGCAUAACCGAAGAGCAGCUUUUGCUACUCAUAAACAUUAUGACUUCUGACACAUAAACAAGAGAGUAACUGGCUAUAGCUAUUCUGUCACUAAACUGCCUUGACUUAAAUUUGUUACCUGCGUGUAUGACAGGGGCACCAGGUAAGGCUGCAAAAACCUGCCUGAAUAGAUGGUUAGACUGUCUGGCCUUCAUACUAUUCGGACACCCAUGCAGUGGUUGUUGCUGCAGUGGCAGUGCUGUCAGCAGUUGAGCUGCCAGCUUGAAGCCAGCUCAGGAAUGCUGAAGUGCUGGUGGUAAUACAUAAAGUGCUUUUCUGCUGCAGAACACUUUAGCAUAUGCUCAUGCUCAGACUUAGCUAUGUGUCCCUGACAUCAAAUGGAGCAUAAGAAUUGGAGGACAUAAAAACUUUUUAAAAGAUGUAGAAUCUGUUAAGUUCUUGUACCAGAGUGCUUACGAAAUAUUCCAUCUCUUGUAAUCUAAUAGCUGUUCCUUAGAGCUGUUUCACAGUAAGGCACAGAUCUUGCCUCCAAAAAGCCUUCAGCUAAAGAUAAACAGCAUAUGAAAAGUACAAGUGAGGAAAAAAGCAGAGAGACUGACAUACAUCUCUAUCUACCGAUACACUUCUACGGAAAGCACUGAAGUUUGGACUCACCCUACCUAAGCUACAAGCCUGGUUGCUUUAAU